AUGCCACUUGUGUCCAUUGUGGACACAGAAGCAGAGGAGUGGGAUAGCCCAAAGCGAAGCAUCAGGGACAGUGGUUACAUAGACUGCUGGGAGUCCGAGCGCAGUGACUCUCUCUCCCCGCCGAGGCACGCGCGAGACGACUCUUUCGACAGCCUGGACUCCAUCGGCUCGCGUUCCCAUCAAACCCCCUCGCCUGAUGGCCUGCUUGCCCAUGGCUACAGCGAUGGCCGUGGCAGUGACUCGGAGUGCGACACCCCCCAGAGGAAGAUUCCGGACGUGCGCAAGGAUGACAUGCUGGUCCGGCGAACUUCCUGCAGUGAACCCCGGACUGCCAUUCCUUUCAACCAGUAUCUUCCCAACAAGAGUAACCAGAGCUCAUACAUACCUGCACCAGUGCGACACCCUCACACAGACAGAGAUGACAGCUGCAAAAGCUGGAGUAAUGCAACCUCACCUGUUGGAGGAGAGAGACCUUUCAGAUUUAGCCGCUCAUCUAGUGUGUUUGAUGAUCCAGAGAGUGUGAGCAUGAUUGACAUGAGAAGUGAGGAAGACUCUAUGUUGCCGCCCCAUAGUCAAGUUCGACAUGAGCUCAUGCACAACCAGUACAACAAGCUGAAAGAGGAAGAAGACCAUUGGCAGGAUGACUUGGCCAAAUGGAAGAGUCGCAGAAGGAGUGUGUCUCAGGAUCUGAUCAAGAAAGAAGAGGAGAGAAAGAUGAUGGAGAGACUGUUGGGUGGAGAUGGAGGAUCACAGAGAAGGAAAAGUAUCAAGACGUACAGAGAAAUAGUGGAGGAGAAGGAGCGUCGUGAACAGGAGCUGCAUGAAGCAUACUGGAACGCCCGCACACCAGAGGAAGCAGCUUCGGUGCUGCAGCAUUAUGCCCAGCGUUUUACCAUCAGUGAGGCAAUUAUUGAGCGCCUCAAACUCCCCAAGCUGCUGGAGAGGAGCGUGUCUGCUGACCCCACUCGUCACUCCUCCCUCCCAGCCUCCCCAGACAUCCCCUUUUCUUUGAGUGCUUCCUCAAAACCUCUGCAGUACCUGAGGCAGCAGUCACUUCCCUUGGCCAAAUUUACAUCCACGGUCGAAGCACGGGUGACGGGAUACAGCACAGAGCAUGAAUUUGUGGGAGAUGUGACAGCACCCUCGCUGGGUCCGAAACCUUACAGCAGUGCUACUGCUGAAAUGAGAACAGCUAAGGUGGAUGAAAUAAUGCGUGUGAAUGGAGAAAGGGAGGAUUCCGGCCAUAGCAAUAAGAAGGGAGUACCACAGAAAAGCAAACAGGCAGAAGAUGAUUCUCUGCAGUUUUUCCCAUCUUCUUACCAGCACACAGACUCAGACAUCACAGAUACUGAUGUGUCGGGGGUCCAGCCCACGGACCACACACUCUCUUCCAUGUGCACACAAGAGUGCUGCGAGAAAGACAAAGAUACCACAGAGGUUGAAGGUGGGACAGUCCCACAGGUUGGUGAUGUCACUAUAUCCCCAGAAGUGUUGGAGCUAAAAGCUGAAAAGACAGAUCAAGAGCAGACAGAUGAGACAUAUAUGAGUGACUCUCAACAGGACAUGAUUCAGUUUGACAACUCUGCUGUGCAGGUAAAUAAACUAGCAACUGAGAUCCCACAGGAAUCAACAAAUCAAUCAGAACCAUCCAACCUAGAAUCAUACAGAACCAAACCAGAUAUGGCAGAAAAAAAUGGAAAUGUCCCUCCCCCAGUGCUGAAUCUGGUGAAGCGGGGUGAACACAUUUCUUGGGACCCUGAGGAAGAGCGCAAGCGUCAGGAGAGGUGGCAGCAAGAUCAGGAACGCAUGCUUCAGGAGAAAUAUCAGCGUGAACAGGAGAAGUUAAAGCAAGAAUGGGAGCAAGCUCAGAAGGAAGUGGAAGAGGAGGAAAGGCGGUACCAUGAGGAGGAGAGGAAGAUUCUGGAAGAGACCCUGACCCCUCUGACCCCUCUGACCCCUCACUCAACGACUGAACCAUCAGCCCUUCCCAAAACCCACAGCACUUUACAGUCCCAGCCUGAGCUGGAAAACAAACAGGGGCCAGAGGAGAAGCAGAUGAGCUCUGGGACUUAUAGACAAAGGGAAAAUGACAACAGUGAAGCAGCCCAAAGAAAGACAGAGAGUUUACAGAUGACAGUAAGUUCUCCCCUGCAAGGUUGUGGUUCAGUGGGUCAGAGAAGACAAGGAGACCAGAGCCAAGAAAAGCAGCCUACAUUACUGUCUAGUCAGGAUAUGCCACUGGGUAACAGGCAGAUACCCCAGCAGAAUGAGACCUGGAAAAAGAAUGCAUCUCAACCAAAAUCUGGUGGACGCAGGAGGUCUGACUCUAUAGAGAACAUUGGGCCAAAUUCAUCAACAUCACCUUCAUUCACAGAUACACAACCACCUCCAUCACCAAACAGGUCUGUCAGUGGGAAGAAACUGUGUUCAAGUUGUGGUCAUCCACUUGGCAAAGGUGCCGCCAUGAUUAUAGAGACUCUCAGCCUUUACUUCCACAUCCAGUGCUUUAAGUGUGGAAUCUGUAAGGGCCAGUUGGGUGACACCAGCACAGGAACAGAUGUGAGGAUCAGAAACGGUCUACUCAACUGCCAUCAAUGCUAUAUCCACUCCCGCUCUGCUGGUCAGCCCACAACCUUGUGAGCUCAUUGAUUUUGGGAGCAAAGAAAUCUACCCAUAAUACUGUCACCCCCAGUCCACACAAUGUUCGCAUAAGUGAAUGCAUAUGUGAAUACAAGCACAUUUAACAUGAAACCACAGCAACGUCUUCAAUUCGUGUUUUCUUUUCCAACACAAAAAAGCAUGUGACUGUAGUGAAAACCAAUUUUCUGACUCAACUGACUGUAUAACUGAUUAAUAAAACUGUGUGUAAGCUAAAAAAUAGUUUUUGAACAGUGCAUACUCUUUGAUGAUAAAUGGACAGUUUGAGCCAUUUAGAGAUAACAAUAAU